CUGAUUCUGAACAUCUGUUAGUCUUGUCACACAGGUAAACAAAAUACUUCUGUGACCAUACGUCUAUCUUUUUGUCACCUAGGUUACAAACUCAUACCUUUUAACGUAAACGUCGUAAACUAUCUAUAAAUAAAUAAUCAAUUAAUCACAGACAUCCUGAUAUUUAUAUAUUGUGCAAUUAAUCAACAAAAUUUGCUUAGUAAUCAGUUUUAUCAAAGCACCAUGAAAACUUUAUAACUAUCAUUCUACAUGCAUAGAUAAAGUGUCGUUAAAAUUUGAAAACAAUGAAACUAAGAUCCGAGUUAUUGAUCAAAAUCCCAAAAGCAGGAAUAGAUCCACCUAGUGGAAAUGAUGAGACUGAUUUGUGGGCCGAAGAAUAUACUCAGACCGAUGUAAUUGAAUAUCCAGGUUCUAACUGGAAGAAACAUAAACUUUGCAGACCAUCAUGUAUUCCAAUCUCUAUAUUGUGUGUGAUGAUUUUUCUGGUGGUUCUUCUGCCUGUAUUGGAUCAAGCAACAGAAAAAGCUCUUCAGGAAUUAAACAAAAAGACAUCGAUCCAAUGUACAAAUCAAUGUGGACUGCAAUUAGUGGAGAGUAUACCUGAAGGUCUAGUAUUUAAUAAUUCGUUAAUAGAAAAUCCAUCCACAUUUGAUACAUGGUUGAGUAUGAUCAAUAUGGCACAGGAAACAAUUGAAAUAGCAUCGUUCUACUGGACUUUACGGCAUUCAGAAGUGUAUCCCGAUCCAUCUUCUUAUAAGGGCGAACAAAUUUUCCAGGCUUUACUCAAAGCUGGGACUACAAAAGGUAUUUCUAUUAAAAUUGCCCAGAAUGCCCCAACACGAGAAAUGCCAAACAUUGAUACUGAGUAUCUCGUCAAACGAAAAGCAGCUGAAGUUAGAAGUUUAAAUUUUGCUAAAUUGAUGGGAAGUGGUGUUCUCCAUACGAAAUUUUGGAUAAUUGAUAGAAAACAUGUUUAUAUUGGUAGUGCAAAUAUGGACUGGAGAGCUUUAACGCAAGUAAAAGAGUUGGGCAUUGCCGUCUUCAAUUGUUCUUGCUUAGCAAAUGACCUAGGAAAAAUUUUUGAUGUCUAUUGGUACUUGGGAAAAACUCAGAAAAUUCCAGAUGACUGGUCACCCAGUUUGAGUACCCCAUUCAACAUACAAAACCCAAUGAAUAUCACUUUUAAGAAUGACAGUUUUCACACAUUCUUGACCAGUUCUCCUCAACCCUUCAACCCACAAGGUAGAACUAACGACAUCGAUGGGCUUUUACAUGUUAUAAACCAUGCUGAAAAAUUCAUAUAUAUUUCUGUGAUGGAUUAUUUACCACUAACAAUAUACACUCCUAAACUUCAGUUCUGGCCUGUUAUCGACGAUGCUAUAAAGACAGCCGCUAUUAACCAUAAAAUAAAGAUCAAAAUGUUAAUAAGCUUGUGGAAACAAUCAAGAUCGUCUGAAGUUAAUUUCUUGAAAUCUUUAGCAAGUUUGGAAAAUUCAUAUCCUCAUGUAUCUGUAGAGAUACGCAGAUUUAUAGUUCCAGCUAACAAAACCCAACAGAAAAUUCCCAACUCUCGGGUAAACCAUAAUAAAUACAUGGUUACUGAUAAUAUGGCAUUUAUUGGAACUUCAAACUGGUCUGGAGACUACUUCAUCGAUACCGCUGGUGUAUCUUUUGUUUUACAUGAUCCAGCUUUUGAUAGGAACUCGAGCCAUUCUACCAUUCGAAGUCAGCUUCAGGAUAUAUUUGAAAGAGAUUGGGAAUCGGCCUAUGCACAUGACUUUUAAAAACAUUAAUUAUUAUGUUAAUAAUAAUGGACGUUAUAUACUUAAGGCCUUUUACAAAAUUCUUCUAAAUGUGUUUGAUAAAUCUAAAUUUGUUAUAUUCGGUUUCAGAGAAACCUAGCACAUUUUGCAAUUUAGAAGAUCUGGUUGUGUUCAGUUAAACUUUUACAAAAUUUGAUGCCACCUUUGGCACAUCACUGAAAAUUAUUCACCUAACAGUGCAUAAUAACCGAAAGUUGAGGUUGUAUGUAAAUACUUAUAUAUUUUUAUAUAAUGAAUUGAAAAAUUAUUUUUAAAUUUAUGAUCUCAGUUAAGUAGGAAUAUGAAUUGACCCCUCUUCUAUUUUUGUGAGAAUUUAAAUAAAAAUCUCUAAGUUAAA